UGGACCUGGCCUUUAUGGGAGUAUGGUUAGGUUUAAUGUCCUUCAUGCUGAACUCAAGUAUGAAUCUUGCGAUCGUGUGCAUGGUAAAAUCAAACAGUGACGUCAUACUACUCGAAGACACCAUUAUAACAAGUAACACAACGUCCUCUUUCAAAAGAAACCCAAAUGAAACAACGGAAAAGAUAUUACAAAAGCAUAACAUUUCAGCUAAAUAUCAGGUUAUUGAAAACAAUCUGACCUUGACAUUAGAAUCAGCCGGGUCAUGUGAUAAAAUUUCAAAGUCAAGUUCAUUAUACCAAGAACAAGCAGAAUUUACUUGGAGCAAGAAAACACAGUCUCUGGUUUUAUCCAGCUUUUAUUAUGGAUAUCUCUUGAUUCAAAUCCCAGCUGGAUGGCUUGUGUCGAGAUUUGGCGGGAAGCACGUGGUUUGCAUCACUAUGAUACUGUCGUCUGCGAUAACAUUAGUUAUGCCAACAUUUGCAAGAACCAGUGUUUAUCUGGUUGUUGCUGCAAGAGCGGUGCUUGGAUUGUGUUUGGGAUCAGUGGCUCCAAGUAUUUACGGGUUAGUUGGAACCUGGGCUCUUCAAACAGAAAGAAGUCGGUUUCUUGGAAUGUGUUGGUUUGGACAGAACCUUGGAGCUAUCAUAGGUUAUUCGACCUCCGGACUUCUUUGUGUUUACGGCUUUGACAACGGAUGGGCAUCCAUAUUUUAUAUACAAGGUGCUGUAACGUUGGUAUUUGUUUGCUGUUGGUGGUAUGUGAUAUAUAACACGCCAAAAGAGCACCCGAGAAUAUCGGCUGAAGAAAGAAAUCUAAUCUUAAAACACAUUUCACAAGACCAAAACACUGUUAACAGGAAAAAUAAAAUCAAAGUACCAUGGAAAAAUAUAUGCAGCUACCUACCCGUGCAUAUAGUGUUUUUAUGUCACUUGUGUGAUACAUGGACUUUCUAUCUUCUUGUCACGUGUCUUCCAUUGUUUCUUAAAGAAGUGCUCAAAUUUGAUAUAGAAAGCAAUGGACUUUUCUCUUGCUUACCCUACCUUAGUUACAUGAUUGGAAUAGCGGUUGCUGGAGUAGGAGCAGAUCUCGCCCGCUCGUGGAAAAAUACUUCAAUUACUACAAUAAGAAAGGUCUUUCAAAUUACAAGUUAUAUGGGCAUUGCGGUAUUUAUUUUUAUCCCGGGAUAUUUGACAUGUGAAUAUAGAUAUGUGGCGAUCACGUGCAUUUGUCUAUGCACGUUCUUCGAAGCAAUCGGAAUAUCAGGAGGACACCUUCCAAAUAUAAUAGACAUUGCUCCAAGGUAUUCGUCUCUUAUAUUCUCUGUAUCAAACACUAUUGCAACAAUUCCUGGGAUAAUCGCACCUAUUGCGGUUGGAGAAAUUACUAAAUCUGGUUCUAGUGAAGAAUGGAGGAUAGUAUUUUAUAUAGCCUCGGGUGUCGCCGUGUUUGCAGCAAUAAUGUACGGUAUAUUUGGAAACAGCGAACUGGCACCUUGGGCGAGAGGGGCAGAGGUUGAUUUUCAAAUAGAAGUCGAACUGUCAAAGGAAGCGCUAACCAAUGGCUUGGAUGUGACAAAAAUAGGAUAAUUUUUAUUUUUACAAAAAUUGUAUAUGUUUAAAUGAACGCUAUUUAUGUAUAAGGUAUUAAUGUUACAAUAAAAUUGAUAUUAAAACAAA